UUUGUUUUCUGGUAGAGGAGUUCAGGUCAUCCGGGCGGUCGACAUUUUGUUAGCUUCUUAGCAAAAUAAACUAUCGAGGUUAGUCUCGGGGCAACUUGGUUGUCCUCAAAGUUGCUCUCAGUCGCCUGACAGUUGAACUUUGUAAUCAUGUGGUAUGAAAUUCUGCCCGGCUUCGCCAUCAUGACCGUGUGUAUGAUCAUUCCCGGCGUCGCCACCGCACAGAUCCACAAGUUCACCAACGGAGGAAAGGAGAAGAGAAUCGCUCGGGUUCCGUGGCACUGGUAUCUGAUGGAGAGAGAUAGGCGAGUGUCGGGAUCAGGACAGUACUAUGAAUCCAAGGGACUUGAGAACAUCCACUGAUGACCAGGAACAUGAAGACCCUGAUGAGAAAAAAGUUCUUUGUUGUACAUUAAAGGAUUAUAUUUAACAUUCA